GCCUUACAGCUUCUCUUUGUAGGAUAAUCAUGUAUUUUUGUUAUCCUAUAUCUUUCCAUGCCAUUCUAAACAGAUCACCCAAAGACAACAUGAAGCAGGAGCUGCUGGUGGUGUUGGCUGUAGCAACCCUGGUUCCCAGCCUGUCUGAGGGGCUGCUCCUCUCCAAAUGUGAGCUGAAGGACAAACUGGCAGAGGCUGCUGACCAAUUCAAUAUGAAUGAGAAAAAUGCAGCAACGGGUGUCGAACUGGACAGUGUCUUGGCCAAAAUUAUCUGCAGUUUGGACCUAAAGUCUGGCUUAAACACCAGCCUUGUGACCAACCUUGUCCUGCGCAAACCUAUCCUGCAUAAACACAAAAGGCGCCCCAUCAGCAGGAGACCUGUGAGACUGUUCGGGCGCAAACGUCCAGGUAGAGAUAUUGAGUCAAAGGAAGAUGGAGUCAGUUCUGAGGGAGAAGAGGACAAGCCUAGACCUAAUGGGAAGCCUGGGGGAAAGAGUCCAAGACCUAUAGGAAAGCCCGGGGGAAUGCAACCAAAACCUACUGGGGAAACAGAGGGAGUGAGCCCAAGAUCAGAGAGGCCUGAGGGGAAGAGACCGAGACCAGGGCAUCCUGCGAGAGGAAGGAACAAGCGUGAGGCCGAGGAGUCCACGGGUGAUGAGGAAGAACAUGACAAAGUUGAGGCGCAAGAAAGCAAAGCGGCUGAGGAGGAAGAGUUUGGCGGCUAUGAGGACGAGGGUGAUGAAGACGAGGUUGACGAAGAUGAGCUGGACGAGGAGGACCUGGAAGAGUUAGAGGCGGAGCUGGACGAGCAAGAAGGAGAGGAACUGAACGAGAGAAAGGGGAACAGGAGGAAGAGACACAUCCCAAAGCAGUUCAAAGGUCACGGACACAGCCGCAAGCCACCGCCACGUAAACCGAUGCGCAAGCCGUUCAGGCCAUUCAAGCCAAUCAAGACCCUGUCCUUCAGCUUUUUUGGUCUCUUCCAGCUGAGCAAUCGCCUCGCCUGCGUCUCCUCCAACACCACUCGCUCUCUCAAUCUCUGUAAGACAGAGUGCAGCUCCUUCGUUGAUGAUGACAUCCGUGAUGACAUUGCCUGCUUUGUGAAGUCUCAUGCCUGGAUGAAGGCUCUGAAAUGUGCCAAGCUGCAAGCCUCUGAGUACUUUGAGUGUGACCAACCACUUACUUAA